UUCCACGCGGGCGGACGGGGCGGAUGAACGAUAUUCCGGUAUAUCAUAUCAUUUCGGUUUAAUUUCGGUAUUUGCGAUAAGAACUCCCUUUGUUUCGAAAUCCUCAAAAAAAAACAACAAAAAUAAUGUGUGCGGCGACAAAAGCUUCAAUUAGCAUUUAGAAAAGCCGCAUCAUCAUCGCGAUCCCAUCAUUAAAAUCCCUUUACCGAUGGAGGAGGACGUGCUGAAUGCCCUGCAGACGCGAAGUGUCUAUCUAUCCGGGGGAUUCGAUCGCCAGAAGCGCAUCAUCUUCGUUGUCAACGCAUUCAACGAUCUGCAGCUGUGGAAUCGCCGCUAUCUGCAGGUGACUCUGGACUAUCUGAAGCGUUCGCUCAGCGCUUCGGUUCUGCAGAAUGGCGUGAGUGUGGUGGUCAAUGCCCAGGAGAGCAGCUCACGGAUCUCGAGGCAGCAGGUGCGCCAGAUAUACGCCCUCUUCGGGGGCGACAUCAAUGUGGAUCUGUAUCUAGUCAGGGCGGAGGGCUUCUGGGAGAAGCAUGUGGAGCCGUGCACCAAGUCCCAGGUCAAGGGAGAGCCCCUGGUGCUGUCGAAGGCUCGGCUGUUCAAGUUCAUAGAGCCGCAGAACCUGCCUGAGGAGCUGGGCGGCACCUUGCAGUUCAACUACGAUCUGUGGCUGCAGCAGCGCAAGUCCAUCGACGAGUUUACCAAAUCGCAUGUGCAGACUUUGGGAUCGAUGGAAAGGCUGUUGGCUCUGCUGAGAGAGCACAAAUCUCUGCGGCCGGCGGAAGCGGAUGUGGAGCUGAAGAAGUGCGCCCAGCUGCAUGCCGGUGUCCAAAACGACAUAGAAACGGCCAUCGACAUGGGUAACGCGAUCUUGGCCCGCUUCAACGAGGUCUACGAGACGCAUUCACCGCCGCCACAAGCGGUCGCACCUGCCUCGGAGUCGCCAGUGAACGCCCACCCCCCGCCAAUGCCGGCACACUCCGCCACUGGAAUUCCCCCGCAGCAGCAGCUGAAACCCCUUUUGCCACCCGAUCUCGUCUGUGAACGUGCCCGCAUCGAGUUGCGAUUGAAUGAGAUCGAGAAGAAACAAACGGCCAUUCGAACGGCCUGGCUGGAAUUGCUGAGAUCUCUGAGGGAGGCACGCGAACUCGGCACCCUGGAGGAGGGGGUGUCCUUCGUCACCAACUGGAUCCUGCAGCAGGCGGAGCAGCUGCUGAGCCGCCAAAGGAGCAUUGCCGGCGAUGUGAGGGGCUGUGAGGCCCUGCGAUCUGCCCAUGAUCAACUGGAACUGGAGUGCCGGGAAACCUAUGGUUGCUAUGCGGAGUUGCUAUAUAAAAUCGAAAGAUUCGCCGGAGAGAGGCAAGCAUCUCCAAAGGACAAGGAUCUUUGCCAGGAUCUCCUUUCGCAGAGGGAUUUCAUGCAAUUUGUGUGUCGUUCCUUUGCGAAGAGAUUGGAGAGAAGGAGGAACGUCCUCAUGACCGCCUUGAGGUUCCACCGACUCCUCGAGCAAUUCGAGGAGCUCCUGACCACUGGGAAUCAUGUGGUAGAGGUGGACAGUCGAUCACUCGAUUGGCCCGAGGCAGAACAGCUACUCAUGCAGCUAAAGGAGAACCAGGAAAUGUUGGGCCACGUCGAGCGCGAACUUGUGCGUGAAGGUGAAAAGCUGAGCGACAUGCUGGCGAUGCCGGUGAAAGACGCUCUGGGCCGUGACCUCCAGCUGGACUACAGCCCCGAGAUCGCCCAGCUGCGGCGGCAGAUCGACGAGAGCAGGCGGCGGCGUCAGGUGUGCUGGAGUCGGCUGGCGCUGCAGCGGCUCACCUUGGAGCAGGUGACCCACAUCCAUGCCUACGAGGAGGACGCGCGGAGGGCGAGGGACUGGCUGCAGGAGCUUUAUGCCGUCUUGCUCAGAUGCCACUCCCAUGUCGGCUGCAACAUCCACGAGAUCCAGCUGCAGAAGGACGAGCUGCAGGGGUUCGAGGAAACCGGCCGGAGCAUCUACCACUAUGGCUGCCAGUUGCUGGAGGCUUCCCAAACCCUGCGGCUCUGUUGCAAGUUGGAUCCCGCAGCAUCCAGGUCACAAUCCAAUCUCGGCCAGAGUUUGAUAAGUGAUGAACUGCAGCUUACUUGGCACAGUCUGCAAGCUGUGGCCCAGGAGCAGAUGACCAGACUGCGAGUCUCGGCCGUUUUUCAUCGCAGUGUAGAGGCCUAUUAUCGACAGCUGAGGGAACUGCGUCCACUUUUGACCCAGGAAUUAUCCGCCCAAUUGCAACAGCAACAAAGACAGCAGCACAAUCGCAGUAGCAGUGGAAUAAGUAGCGAUGCCGAAGGAGAAAUCGAAUCUGAGCUAUCUCCACUGGGAGAAAUGCCUCCGCGUUUGCAGCGCCACCUGGUGGCCAGGGAGCAACUGCUGGUCGAAGUGGGAAGAAUGGUCAGAUUGGGAAGACUGCUGAAGAAGCGUCUCAAAGAGCCCUUCGUCUUGGAUGCACUGACAGGAAAGAGAUUUCGUAAUUUGUUUGCCAAAUCAAAGGGCGAUGAGGAAGUAACCCCCGAAAGGCCGGAAGUGCCCAGCAUUGUGGUGGAUGAGCCACCCAAUGAGGUCGAGGAAAGUGAAAGUAAAUCCCCAAAUGUGGCCGUAGAAAAUCAGGCUAAUACCUCUGCUCCUUUGGCCAGCGAAGAGGAGGAUUUGGCCCGGAAGCCCCAUGAGAUCCUAAGUGAUUCCUCUAGCGAUCUAAGUAGACUUUUGGAGGCCAUAAAUGAGGCCAGCAAACUGCCGGAAGUGAGUAGUGAAGAUACGCAGGGUGAAGAUGAGGAUUACGAGGACGAUGAUGAUACGGCCAGCACUUCGAGUGUCAAGACCAAGAUAGCCAAGGCCUCGAUAGAAAGGGAUAUUAUACUAGAGGAAACCCUAGAGGAAGAUGAGGAGGAGGAUGGGGUGGAUGAGGUGGACGCGGGGCCACCCCUCAAAAGUCUGGAUAAGAUCAAAGCCCUCAUACGAAAUGAUAGUGAAACAUAUCCGCAGAGCGACUAUACCGAUAAUGAAACCCCUUCGCAUUCACGCACUGCCUCUGUGGACUCCGGAGCCCCCGAUAAUCCCCGUCUUUCUGGUGAUUUCAGUGUCGUGGCCGAUGAAUUGCCCUUGGAUAGCAGUCCAAGUCCGUUGCAUGAUAGUGGAAGGACUAGUAGUGCUGGAAGUGAGGUGCCUGGAGAGGCUCCCCCACAAACUGUACAGGUUGUGCCCACUGGAAGCAACGAACUUGCCUGCGCUGCCAUUUCCCAUAAGUUGGGCGCCAUUGCCGAGGUGGCCGAAUCUUUGGAUGCUGUCAUCCGGGAUGUCCAGCAGCAGGAGAAAGCAGCCAGCAAUGGAAUAACAAAUGGCACUACGAGUCAUGGUAUCAAGAAACUGGGAAGCAUCGAGGACUGGCACUCCCGAUCCACCGAGGACGAGUCCUUCGCCACCGCCUCCGAGGGCAACUUCACGCCCAACUCGCACUCCUCCUCCUUCCAAACGGCCUCGGGAAGGACUAGCUCCUACAUAGGAUCCGCUAAGAACUCCUUCGACGAGGCGGAUGACUCCACAUUGAGCACCUUUGAGAUACCCGAACUGCCACAAUCCCCGGUCAACAUGUCCUUCGACAGCUCCGAACUGAGUUACUUUUCGGCGCGACAGCAGAGGAUGAAAAGUGAGGAUCAGGAUAGUGUGGUGGGCGUGGCAGAGUUGCAUAGUCAGAGUGUGACGCCCACGCCGGAUGAUGAGGAGCAGCAGCAUUUACUACUGCCACUUCCCCUGCCACAGGCCAUCGAAUCGGAUUCAGAGGUGGAGGGAUUCAAUUUGGCCACUGGGAUUACGACGGAGACAGGACCAAGGAUCUCGAAUGCCCACACGCCGGAGGUGAGCUACCGAUCUGGUGAUACCGCUAAUACCGCUCCGACUUCAACUAACCCCAACGAAUCGAAACCGCCGACGUCCUGGCGACGCAGUAAAUACUACGAGAAUAUAACGAAACAAACGAUCAAGGGAUUUUUGUAGAUCCGGACCACCUGUCCCACCUGAAAGAAUGAUUUCCCGCCCAAUUAACCCGCGCCAUUUGCUUCUCUGCCGCUGCUCGACAUUCUUGCCAUUAAUUAGUUGGCAUAUUAUUUUUGAUGUUUUCCCCACAACUUAUUUUAGCCUAUGAGCUAAAGGUUUUUUCUCUGUUUUGUUUUGUUUGCUAAUUUACUUUGCAUGAUUGUUCACUGUUUUAUUUUGGCUUUAAAAAUAAUAUUCUUAUUUUAUAAUUAUUUUUCAAAUUUGUUUCGUGUUUACUUUAGUUUUUCUCCUGCUUUAUAACUAUUUAGUAACUUUAAUAUUUAUUUUGUUAGUUGAAAUUUAUUUAGUUUAAGGCUUGCAAAAUUAGAGAAUUCCAAAAUGCUUACAUGAAAUAUAAUUUAUAUAUCAAAUAUGUAAUAUAAGAAAUUUUAAUUCAGUCACAGCCAGUCGAAAUUUUUGCCAUUAAUUGUAUGUUUAAUAUUUAUUUUUAACUAUUUCUCCCCACACAGUCACAAAAAAUAUAGUGCAAUUAAUAUUGGAAAAUGUUUUACCCCAAAAAUAAAGCUAAUCA